AUGUACUCAAGCGAUAGCAGUAGGAUACACAACAAUGCGUCGGAGUUUACUGUGCAAGUUUCAGCUCAUAUUUUGGAACGUUUUUCAACGUUCGCUCUCAAUCGCAAUGAUGACACUGACACCGACCAUCCGUUACUCGACGAAUUGAACAUCAAUGGCUACAAUGAAAUUGAACAACUUGUACAAAAAACAUUUCCCAGCUGCGAUGUUAGUAAGAUAUGCCGAGUCUACGCCCCACAGAUGUACGGCAUGUACAUGCUGCGCAUGGAAGAAAUGAAAUUGGACAUUGGCCGAAGUGUUCAAGAAAAAUUGCUAUACCAUGUGACCACCGAGUCCAGAGCCAUGGAGUCGCUGAACAGUGGACUGGACUGGAGACGCACCCGCCGCAACAAAUUCGGAUGCGGUGUUUCGUUCAGCGACAAUGCGGAUUACGCUAAUUAUUAUGCUGACAGUUCUCCCAGCGAAGACACGCGGAUCAUCAUGAUAUGCUGCGUGCUGGUUAGAGAGACGUACGUGGUCCACAGCCAAAACAAUGGGAACGCCUUAAUCGUACCACCUAAUAAUGCGGACACGUCGGUGAGCUAUAACGGUCACGUGUACGUUAAGUACAACGAUAAUGAAUUUUAUCCACUGUACUUUGUGUACUACCUGCGGAGACCUAAACACCGGACCACAAGCAAAUUUUACCGCGCUAACAACCGCCGCCAGACCCAUAUGGUGUAUAGGUGGUAG